GCUGUCCAGAGAGCAGAGCUGCAGGACCUGUAGGGGUGGAGCGCAGCGAGCGAUCCCUCGACCCUGAUUAGUGGAGAUGCUGAGAAGCCAUUCAGAUCUCAAGAGCGCAACACAGGCCUUAGCGCACUGCCUGUAAUCUGUGUGUCCUCGCUGCCGUUGGGUAUUAGCUCUCCAAAAGCACGGCUUAAGCUCAGGAGUUUUAAGAACAAACAAACUGAUUUCCAUCGUAACUUGACAGCCCCCUAGACCACCAGCGACAUGAGAGCCGUCCAUUCCUUCCUCCUGUUAGGCCUGGGCUUCGUCCUCCUCGCUUCUCAAAGUGAGGCGCUCCAGUGUUACACCUGCAUGGGCUCAACAGAUGAAGACUGUAAUCGACAGGGCUCCAAAACUUGCCCUAGUUACUCAGACGCGUGUGCUGUUGUUCGGGGACAUGGCAGUGGCGUAAUGAAGUCGUGCUCAUAUAAAUCCUUCUGCAGUCAGGCAAACAGCCAAGGCUACAGGGCUCCGGGUGUCAAAGUUCACUGCUGCUACUCUGACGACUGCAACGUGGCAGGACACGCCACUCAAUUGGGCACCGGCUUCAGCUUCAUUCUGAGCCUUCUGAUGCUCGCCUGGCAUCUGCUCUAAUGUGAUUCUUAGACGAACUGAGCAGGCUAUUAAUGUCCAUAGCCACAGUGGAACUUGAAGGAACACUAUGCGUUGAAAAUCCAUGUGAUAAAAAAUAAAACCGAAUGUCAACGUCUUUGCUGCCAUGGGAUUGUGCUCGCAAUAAAUAUAAGGUUGAUAACGCAUUCCAACUCAGAACUUCACAUAUGCAGAUAUUUCAGGAAGCAAAUGAAUUUAUUUUUUGGUUUAGACCUGCUAGCUAUUCAAAACAAAAAAGCCAAAAGCCUUUGAUCCUUCAGGCCAAAUAAAUCGAAAUGAAUGGGGUGCUUUUCCCUUAAAAAAUGAAAACUCUGGAAUUUUUUAUUCAUUUUAGUUUUGUUUCAGGGCUGUGAGCUUUGUUUUUUUAGACAACAAAAUGAGGAAUUAAAAAAUAAUUAUAAAGUAUGGUUAGUUUAGCAAAACCACGCACUCUCAAAAAAAUAUGGGUUGUAUUAAAUCAACUCUGGGUCAAAUAUCUAAAAUCCAUCAGUCUGUUUGAAAAAAUGAUAA